AUGUGUCCGAGGUGUGUAGUUGUUGAACUCUGCCUGACACUGAGCCACAACAAGCUCCAUUUAACUCCUGGCCACGCUCAGCCUAUCCCUUCCCACCUCCCAGCCCACCAGCUCCCAGCCACCCUGCUCCCAGCCCCCAUGGCCCAGAGCCAUCAAGUCCACCUGCUCCCAGCCCACCUGCUCCCAGCCCACCUGCUCCCAGCUCCCAGCCCACCUGGUCCCAGCCACCCUGCUCCCUGCACACCAGCUCGCAGUCCACCAGCUCCCAGUCCACCUGCCACCCUGCGCCCAGCCCACCAGCUCCCAGUCCACCCUGCUCCCAGCCACCCAGCUCCCAGCCACCCUGCUUCCAGCCCACCUGGUCCCAGCCACCCUUCUCCCAGCCACCCUGCUCCCAGCCCACCUGGUCCCAGCCCCCCUGCUCCGAGCCCCCCAGCCCACCUGGUCCCAGCCACCCUGCUCCCAGCCACCCUGCUCCCAGCCCACCUGCUCCCAGCCCACCUGCUCCCAGCCACCCUGCUCCCAGUCCACCUGCUCCCAGCCCCCCAUCUCACCUGGUCCCAGCUCCCAGCCCCCUGCUCCCAGCCCCCCAGUCCACCUGCUCCCAGCCCCCUGCUCCCAGCCCCCUGCUCCCAGCCACCCUGCUCCCAGCCCCCUGUUCCCAACCCCCUGUUCCCAGCCCCACGGGUCCCAGCCCCCUGUUCCCAGCCACCCUGCUCCCAGCCCCCCUGCUCCCAACCCCCUGUUCCCAGCCCCCUGGUCCCAGCCCCCAGUCCACCUGCUCCCAGCCCCCAGCUCACCUGGUCCCAGCUCCCAGCCACCCUGCUCCCAGCCCCCCAGUCCACCUGCUCCCAGCCCCCCAGCUCCCAGCCCCCCAGCUCACCUGGUCCCAGCUCCCAGCCCCCCUGGCCCAGAGCCCCCAAGUCCACCUGCUCCCAGCCCCCAGGCCCAGAGCCCCCAGAGCCCCCUGCUCCCAGCCCCCUGCUCUCAGCCCCCUGGCCCAGAGCCCCCAAGUCCACCUGCUCCCAGCCCCCUGGUCCCAGCCCCCAGGCCCAGAGCCCCCAGAGCCCCCUGCUCCCAGCCCCCUGCUCCCAGCCCCCAGGCCCAGAGCCCCCAGAGCCCCCUGCUCCCCGCCCCCUGUUCUCAGCCCCCCUGGCCCAGAGCCCCCAAGUCCACCUGCUCCCAGCCCCCUGGUCCCAGCCCCCCAGCUCCCAGCCAACCUGCUCCCAGCCCCCCUGGUCCCAGCCCCCAGCUCCCAGCCAACCUGCUCCCAGCCCCCUGGUCCCAGUCCCCAGCUCCCAGCCAACCUGCUCCCAGCCCCCUGGCCCAGAGCCCCCAAGCCCACCUGCUCCCAGCCCCCCUGGUCCCAGUCCACCUGCUCCCAGCCCCCCUGGUCCCAGCCCACCUGCUCCCAGCCCCCCUGGUCCCAGCCCACCUGCUCCCAGCCCCCCUGGUCCCAGCCCACCUGCUCCCAGCCCCCCUGGAACCAACCUUGAAACCAAACAGAGUUCUGCUUCAUAA